AUGGAGGACGACAAUGGAGAGAGAUCAAGCUUCGUUAUCGGCCUCAUUGAGAAUCGCGCCAAGGAGGUUGGAGUAGCUGCUUUUGACUUAAGAUCAGCUUCACUGCAUCUUUCUCAGUAUAUUGAGACUAGCAGUUCCUAUCAGAAUACAAAGACACUGCUAGAGUUCUAUGAACCUAUGGUAAUCAUUGUUCCCCCGAAUAAAUUGGCCGCUGAUGGUAUGGUUGGGGUCUCCCAACUAGCUGACAGAUUUUUUUCCACAAUAAGGAAGGUCAUAAUGGCACGUGGCUGCUUUGAUGAUACCAAGGGAGCUGUGCUGAUAAAAAACUUAGCUGCCAAAGAACCAUCUGCGCUUGGUUUAGACUCAUAUUACAAACAAUACUAUCUAUGCUUGGCUGCUGCAGCAGCAACCAUUAAGUGGACAGAAGCAGAGAAAGGGGUCAUUGUUACAAAUCACUCAUUGCUGGUCACCUUUAAUGGAUCAUUUGACCACAUGAAUAUUGAUUCUUCCAGUGUCCAGAACUUGGAGAUAAUAGAGCCAAUGCACUCUGGCCUUUUGGGGACAAGCAACAAGAAGAGAAGCCUAUUCCAAAUGCUUAAGACAACCAAAACUUUUGGAGGGACUAGACUUCUUCGGGCAAAUAUUUUGCAGCCAUUGAAAGACAUUGAAACUAUUAAUGCUCGACUUGACUGCCUGGAUGAGUUGAUGAGCAAUGAGCAGCUGUUUUUUGGCUUGUCUCAAGCUCUUCGUAAGUUUCCCAAGGAAAUAGAUAGGGUCCUUUGCCACUUCUGCUUUAAGCCAAAAAAGGUCACGAAUGAAGUCUUGGCCACUGAUAAUGCACGAAGGAGCCAAAAUUUGAUAUCAAGUAUUAUUCUUCUCAAAACAGCUCUGGAUGCCUUGCCGUUACUCUCCAAUGUGCUUAAAGAUGCCAAGAGUUUUUUGCUCAGAAAUGUUUACGAGUCCACAUGUGAAAAUGAGAAAUAUGCCUCCAUAAGGAAAAGAAUUGGGGAGGUGAAUGAUGAAGAUGUGCUUCAUACUCGGGUUCCCUUUGUUGCUCGGACACAGCAGUGCUUUGCUGUAAAGGCUGGAGUUGAUGGACUUCUUGACAUGGCACGAAGAUCGUUUUGUGAUACCAGCGAAGCAAUUCACAACCUUGCAAUUAAGUACCGUGAAGAUUUUAAACUACCAAAUUUGAAAAUCCCAUUCAAUAACAGGCAAGGAUUUUAUUUUAGCAUUCCACAAAAGAGUAUACAAGGAAAACUUCCCAAAAAGUUCAUCCAGGUUAUAAAGCACGGUAACUACAUACAUUGUUCUAGUCUGGAGCUUGCUUCAUUGAAUGUGCGGAACAAGUCUGCAAGUAAGGAAUGUUAUAUAAGGACUGAACUUUGCUUGGAAGCACUAAUGGAUGCUAUACGCCAGGAUGUUUCUGUGCUUACACUUCUUUCUGAAGUCCUAUGCCUUCUAGACAUGAUAGUUAACUCAUUUGCUCAUAUGAUUUCAACAAAACCUGUUGAUCAAUAUACUAGACCUCAAUUUACUUAUGAUGGUCCAUUAGCAAUUGAUUCUGGAAGGCACCCCAUUCUAGAAAGCAUUCACAAUGAUUUCAUUCCCAACAAUAUCUUUCUCUCUGAAGCAUCAAAUGUGGUAAUUGUGAUGGGACCUAACAUGAGUGGGAAAAGUACUUAUCUUCAACAAGUUUGUCUUAUUGUCAUUCUUGCGCAAAUUGGGUGUUACAUUCCUGCCCACUAUGCCACUUUGAGGGUGAUUGAUCGAAUUUUCACAAGGAUGGGAACUAUUGACUGCCUUGAAUCCAACUCUAGCACGUUCAUGACAGAGAUGAAAGAGACAGCUUUUAUAAUGCAAAACAUCUCCAAGAGAAGUCUUGUUGUGAUGGAUGAGUUGGGGAGGUCAACUUCUUCAUCUGAUGGAUUUGCAAUGGCUUGGAGCUGUUGUGAGCAUCUAUUGGCACUGAAAGCGUAUACUAUAUUUGCUACCCAUAUGGAAAAUUUGUCAGAGCUUGCCAUCAUCUACCCGAAUGUGAAAAUUCUUCAUUUUUAUGUUGAAGUGAAAAACAACCGGAUGGAUUUCAAGUUUCAACUAAGAGAUGGACAACUUCACGUUCCACAUUAUGGCCUUAUGCUAGCAGGUGUGGCUGGUUUGCCAAGUUCAGUGAUUGAAACUGCCAAAAGAAUUACAUCAACGAUUACUCAGAAGAAAACAAAGAGACUGGAGGUGAAUUGCCAACAAUACCGUGACAUUCAAAUGAUCUACCGUGUUUCUCAACGUCUGAUAUGCUUUAAGUAUUCUAAUCAAGACGAAGAUUCUCUAAGGGAAUCUUUGCAGAAUCUUAAAGAGAGUUACAUUAGUGGAAAUAUUUAG